GCAUAUCAAAAUGUCUCACCCUUUUCCUCUGUUCUAUUGGGAUUGAUUGGCUAAUCACGGACACCAAUUUCUUCACUUAAUUUAUAGCCCCUCUUGACCUAUGUCCAUACCUUAGAAAAUCAGCUCUCAGUCCAGAAGCCUUCUAAGAAUACUCAGGAAGAUGCAUCAAUUUAUAUCAUGUACAUGUGAACUAUGAAGUUGACAAUUCUGAGUUAGUCCUGCAUUCUGAGUGCAUUCCUUGGAGAACCACAAGGAAGAAGCGUGGUUUUAUUCGUACUCUUUAUUGAAGAUUAUCACUGACAGCAGCUAUGAACAGGUUCAAUUACUUUGAUUCUUCAGAGAACAAUACAAGGGAAAAUGUGGGCUACAGCAAUGAGUUCCAGGCAAUGCUAGAUGGUUUAGAUGAUGAAGACAGCAUAGAAGAAUACAACUGCAGCAAUGGGAAGAAAAAGAGAUUAAGAAUUGAUCAAGUCCAAGCACUCGAGAGGAUUUUUGAGGUUGAUAACAAGCUUGACCCUGAGCGAAAAAUAAAAUUAGCCCAAGAAUUAGGCCUCCAACCACGACAAGUUGCAAUCUGGUUCCAAAACCGCCGCGCCCGAUGGAAGACUAAGCAACUGGAGAGGGAUUAUCACCUUCUUAAGGCCAAUUAUGAAGCCCUUCAACUCAAUUAUAGUAAAGUUGAACAAGAGAAAGAAGGUUUAGUUGCCGAGUUAAGGGGCCUAAGGGAAAAAUUGGGAGAGGAUAAUACAGAAACCAAUCAUUCAAUUGAAAAGGUGGCAACUUUACAGAGUUCCCCAAAAAUGGCCUCAGAAAAGUGUAAUGAUUCUAGUGAAUUUGGGCCAACACAUGCAAAUCAUGAAGUCUACACAAACUUGCACUUGUCAUCUGAGACUAAAAGGAUUCUUGAUUUGAAAGAUGGCUUAUCAGACAGUGACUCAAGUGGAGUCUUGAAUGAAGAUAGCAACAAUCUGAAUGUGCAGCCACUGGUAUCAAAAUUAAGUUCAUGCAACCCUACAUUCAAUGGAUUGGAUCAGUAUGCUUUCUCUCUAUCUGCCCCAGUUUACCAUCCUCAUUUGUUGGAUUCAAGGGUGAAGGAUUACCAGCAGCAAUUUAUGAAAAUGCAAGACCAAAAUCAUUCAAGUUAUGCAGAUGACUCGUGCAACAUCUUUUCAGUUGAUCAAGCACCACCCCUUUAUUGGUACUUCUCUGAUCCAAGAAACCAAUGAUCUUGAUUACCAUCCACCUAAAAGUUUGAAGUAUUAAGAAGCCAAGGAAAGAAUUUUGUAGUGUAAAAGCUUACUUGUCUUUUGCAUCAUCAAUGUAAUAGUAUAUAUACUGUAUUCGACACGAAAGAAUUUUAUUUCUGAACAA